GGUCUGAAAUAUUAUCAUUUGAAUACAACCCAUAAAGUUUAUGAAAAAAAAAGCGGUAUGUAUAACUACAAAAAUUUUUUAUAUAUUUAAAGAAAAUAAUAUUAAUUAUAUACUGUAUAUAUUAUAGGAGCAACUUAAAAUUGAUGAUGAAUUUAAAAAAGUGACACCUUACAAAGAACCUAAACAAAAAGAAUUAAGGAAUUCAGUUUGCGAUUGGAUAGUAAUGGAUGGAAUACCUUUCAAUAAAUAGAAAUGGUUUUUAGAAGAAUGAUGAAAAAAGUCAAUCCCCAAUUUUAACCACCAUGCUAUCAAACACUUAAGGUCUCGGAUAUCAAACGGCAAAUAAAUUAAUGAAAAGUAUGCUAAAUUUUACGUGUGAUACUGCUUCAAUAACAACGGAUUUAUGGACAUCAUGUGCUACAGAUCAAAUGGAAUUAAGGGAUAUUCCAUUAUUUAAAGAAUUCAAUUUAAUUAAUAAGAUUACUACUGCAAUUACCGACAAUGGUUGUAAUAUGGUAAAAGCAAUCCAAGAAUGGGAAGAUUACGUUGAACAAAAUGAAAAAUUGGAAGAAGCACAAGCUGAAUCAAAUGCAAAACUUGCGCAACAUGACUUGCAAAAUCAAAUCAAGAUAAUAAUAGAAGAACGCCAACCACAUAUUUUACGAACAAUUACUGAAGUGUCAACAAGAUUGGGAUUUGCAUUAGCUUCAUGGCGAAGAUUAAGGGAAUUGAAACCUGCAAUUAGACGCGCUUUAGUUAAUUUAAUUAUUGAAACUCUGAAAUAUUCUUAUGCAACAGAAAACGAUAACAAUAAGAAUAAUGAUGAAAACUGUGAUAAUGAGAAUAAUGAUGAUGAAAAUAGUGAUGAAGAUAGUGAUGAAUUUGAUAAUAAAAUGAUGAUGAUGAUGCGAAAGUCUAUAGAUUCUAUUAAUUCAAUAGAUAAAGAAAUCUAUAAUGCGCUUGAUGACUAUUUUGAUAACCCACAUAACGCAACUAUUUUGGCAAGUUUAUUGGAUCCUAGAUCUAAACAAAUGCAUGGGUGGCUAGAAGAAUUAAAUGAAAAAACAACAUCACUUUUAAGAUCUGAAUACAAAGAAGAAGAAGAGUCUUUGAAAGAAACAAAACAUUCUUACUAUUUGGAUGAAAUAAAAACACCACAGGCUCUUCCCGAAGUAGAUCCCUUUGAAUGAUGGUAUGAAAAUCAGAAAAGGUUCCCUACUUUAUAAAAUCGCGAGAAAAUAUUUGAGUAUAAUAGCUACUU